UGUGUGUGUGUGUGUGUGGAGUUGAUGGGAAGAGUGUUGUGUAUAGAAUAGAGAUAAACUGUGCGGUCUUUCUUAAAAGCUGUGUGUGUGUGUGUGUGUGUGUGUGUGUGUGUGUGUGUGAAGUUGUUCAUUUAUAGUAAUUACAGUAAUAAUAAUAGGAGUUAUGUGCACGUUGGAAGGCGAAUGCAAAUGAAUGCUGGUUUAAUUGUAGUGUAAAUAAGGAGCGUUUGAUUAACAGAGUAGGAAAUAUAUAUGACAGCUUCUGUAAGAUUGCAUGAUAAGGGUUUGUUUUUAGUUCCAACUUUUCACCUGGGGUUGAUUUCAUCCAAGACGAGUGUAAAAUUUUCCCCAGAAAAUCUUUCUUUUUGUUUGCAUUAGGACAAGUGUUAAUAAUUGUGAUGCACUUUAAGAGAGAAUAUAGUAAGUGUAGAUAAUCUAAUGCAGUGGAGUGAGUAGUGUGUGUGCUUAUUCCUAGCAGUGCUCGUGCGUAAAGCGCCAUGGCGGACUCGGUGAAGACGUUCCAGGCGCAUCUAACGGCCGUGAUGGACAGCUUGGUGCGCGCCUCUGUGUGCGAGAUCACCAAGCUGUUCGAGGACACGGUGAACGACUACCUGGUGGAGAUAUCGCUCAACCGGAAGGAGAACGAGGCUCUGAAACUGCGCCUGAGGCUCACCGAGAACAAGCUGAGGAACGAGCGGAAGUACGGGCUCGCUUGGGCGGCCAGUCGGCGCGCAGCCGGCCUGCUCGGUCCUGAUGAGAGUGGCUGUGCAAAAAAGCGCAAGCUGGAAUCUAGAGGCAAGCAGGCUAAGGAGUGGAGUGGUGGCGUGUGGGAGGAGGGUGUUGGAGGAGUGAGAGAUGAGAGGAGGGACGAGAGGAGGGACGUGUGCAACACACAUCCACCAACCGCAGGGGAAGGAGAGGAGCAGGAGGAGGAGAGGAGACACGUCUCUGGGGAGAGAAAGGAGGUGGCCACCGUUAAGGAGGAGGAGGAUGUCUACAGGUGUGAGUCUGUGAGGCUGCUGCAGGAGGCACUUCAGAUGAGCAAGACUGAAAGCAACACAGCUCAAGAUUUGGAUCCUGUUUCAACCGGUCCUGGAUCAGCUGUGGGUGAUGUUUGGGAGCAGCCCGGUCUGUCAGCCGAACCCACAAAGAGCAGUGACGAGAUGAGCGGCCUAGAAACAGCCUUAAAGGUGGAGCGUGAGAGGGAGGAGGCAGAGUCUGUACUAACCAGUCCGUCUAAUGCAGUGGACAGAAGCGACAGUGUGGAAUUUAUAGGGUUGGAUGGUUUGUGCAGCUCUCAGCAGGACCCUGCUCCCUCAACACAUGAAGCCAGCCCUGCUGAGAUAGGCCCCAGGAGCCAAGGAGAUGACGAGGGGGAGGAGUCAGGACAAGAGGUCGAGGACUUACUGCAUUUCUGCCCUCAGUGUGGCGGUGGCUUUAACUCUGCAUCCGAACUGGCUGAACACGUGUGUCCGCUAGCCGAGGAACGUUUCCAGUGUUCGGCGUGUGGACGGGCCUUCAGUCACGCCUGGAGCUUGAAGAGCCACGAGUGCGUACAGGCGGGCGAGCAGCCGCACCGUUGUGAACUUUGUGGGAAACGGUUCACACACUCGCGCUCUCUCGAGCGCCACCAGCUGGUACACACAGGCGAGCGACCACACCAGUGCCCACAAUGCGGACGCAGUUUUAGCCGUCUGGGCAACCUAGAGCGACAUCAACGCAUCCAUACUGGCGAGCGACCGUAUGAGUGCGGUGCUUGCGGCAAGCGCUUCAGUCGCAUCGAGUACCUCAAACGGCACCAGCAGAUCCACAGCGGAGAGAGAGGAGAGAGGAACCAGACGCUCAGUGACACAGAGCUGAAACGCAAUCAGUGCUUCUCCAGCGCCUGAUGAACUGCUAAACACUUGACCUAAUUCUCCAUCCAGCUUUAAAGACCAACGAUCUGUACUUCUGAAUGUCCUUAGAUCCUCAAAGCUGAUUUUCACACAAAUAUUAAUAUCUAAUAGGACUGCAAUAUAUGUAUAUUAUUUGUUGAUAUCGAUCAUUAUUAUUACGGGAUUAGAUUUUGCAACACCAAUAUUGGAGAAGCUUAGGUAAUGCAAAUGAGCACAACUUAUUAUUAUUUGUUCUUUUAAUCUGCAAGCUUUCUGGAAUCUCAGAGCUUCUUAACAUGGAAUCUGUGGCUGUAUUUUGGAAGAACAUGGCAAUGGUGCGAUUUGGCGUGUCGGUAUUGGAAUCUGAAUUAAUACAAACCUUUUAAAAGUCACAGGCUCAUGAUGUUUUUAGUAAAAAUAUAUUGUGAUCAUAUCUCAAUCAACACAUGUAGAAAUAUACUGUAAUCAGUAAUCUACUCGUUUUGUCCGUGUUGUACAGCCCUACUAUCCUAAUAUCUUGUCCUGAAUCUAAACAUUCAUACAGUAUAAGAAAGGACUGCAUUUCUUGCACAAACAUGUCAGUGAAAGUAUAUACGUAAAUUGUUAUGCUUAAAAAAAAAAAGCACACACUCCUCUGCAUCAAAAAAGUGCACCAUGUUUGGUGCGUUACACUCUGUCUGUGUGAGUCAUACAGUUAGGUGUCUUUAUGUCAUCCUCGGCUAGAGCUAGAAUAAAGUCUGCAUUUCACUUGUGAGGAAGAAUCAGGAUAUUAAGCCUUAUUUGAAUGGUCUCUGUUAUAAUCAUUUUAUACAUGACGUUAUAAACUCACAUAUCUCUUUUUUUAGUAAACAAUUUCCAGGGACGAGUUUCACAGCAUUCUGUUUAUUUACACAAAACUUUGGAUGCUUAAUACAAGUGCUGAUGAGGAUAUAUGAUAAUUGUAAUAUAUUUAUAUAACGUGACUUUAUACAGUCCAUGAGUAUAAAAGUCUUUUUAAUCAGCCUGAGAGAUAAGAUCACAUCAUAGGUGAGUCAAAACUGCAAAAAAAAUAUUGCUGUAUAUUGUGUAAAGUCACAAGGGUGCCGUGUCUGGGUGGGACUAAAUUUAUUACACCACCAUCAUUAUAGUAAUGCUGGUCUUUAGUAGGCAGUUUUCUGAAGAGACAGAGAGGGAAAAAAACAAACAUUUGUUAGCUACAGCAAAUGAUGGAAUUGGUGAAGGAACCCCAGGGAAAACUAAUCCCGUUUGUAAAGUGGCUUUAAAGUUGGUUUAAUUACAGUCUGCUUCAUUACUCCCCAUUCAAUAAACCCCCAAAAUAUACAAAAA